AUGUGCAACGGGCGGGACUGCCGUCGGGAGGCGGCGUUCAGGUGGGCGGAGCUUCGGACGGCGGAGAAGGAGAAAAUGACGCCCGGUGGACGGCGGCAGAGCCAGCAGUCAAGGAGGCUUCCGGUGGCUGAGAUCUCAGAAGCGGAGAAGUGCGCUCGGGCAGCGGAGAAGGAGGAGAAGCUCUUGCAUCUGAUCUGCUGGGGGCCCAAGUAG